AAAAGUCAACGACAUGGACAUCGUGCAAGCACGCCAAGGUUGAAAAGAUCCCGGAGAAAACCUUUCCACUGCAAGUUUCUGACUGAAAGAAAGCGAGUCAAGACGCCGACAAUCCUUCGUUCGUUCGAAAUCGUCACUAGCAAAUCGUCUCUGCGUUACUCUCUCUUCUGUCCGAAUCACCAAUCGAAUCAUCUCUGCUCAGUUGCGACUUCUCUCAGUUGGAUGGCUCGUCGUCCAAUCUCGCGACUGGGUCUGGUCUUUCUGCUAGCUUUGGCCGCGAUCAGCGCGCAGAAACUUCCCGUUUCGGGGCAUGAUUGUCGGUGUUCCUCGGCGGGUAGCAUGGGCAGUACGCAGGCUAUCCCGUUCCAGCAGGUGGCUGUGGAUCCGAAGUACGCCGACCGGACGUGGGAGAAAUUGGAACGCGCCAUUCACGAGAUUUACAAUCACAACGCCAGUGGCCUUAACUUCGAGGAGCUCUACAGGAGCGCCUACAACAUGGUUCUGCACAAGCUCGGGGAGAAGCUGUACUCUGGAUUGGUGACAACCUUGACUGCUCACCUAAAGGAAAUAUCGAAAUCCAUCGAAGAUGCCCGAGGAGGUUCGUUUCUGGAGGAACUAAACAGGAAAUGGAACGAUCAUAAUACAGCACUGCAAAUGAUCGGGGACGUGCUCAUGUACAUGGAUAGAACUUUCGUCCAAAGUACCCGCAAAACCCCAGUUCAUGAGCUUGGGUUGAUUCUUUGGAGGGAUAAUGUCAUCUACUCCAGCAAGAUCCGCACCAGGCUUCAAGAUACAUUGCUAGAACUAGUGCUUAGAGAAAGAACUGGCGAGGUCAUCAAUCGAGGGAUUAUGAGGAACGUAACUAAAAUGCUGAUGGAUUUAGGUUCUUCCGUUUAUCAGGAAGAAUUCGAACGGCCAUUUCUGGAGGCCUCAGCCGAGUUUUACAGAGGCGAAUCCCAGAAGUUCAUCGAGUUUUGCGAUUGUGGUAAGUAUCUGAAGGAAGCCGAGAGGCGUCUUAAUGAAGAAAUGGAGAGAGUAACGCACUACUUGGACGCCACAAGCGAAGCUAAGAUCAUAAACGUCGUGGAGAAGGAGAUGAUUGCAGAUCGCACGACGGUACUGGUGCGCAUGGAGAAUUCGGGCUUGGUGAGCAUGCUUCGUGACGAUAAGUAUGAAGACUUGGGAAGGAUGUACAACUUGUUUCGUCGGGUCCCCAACGGCCUCUCGACUGUUCAAGAUGUGAUGACUUCUCAUAUAAGGGCGAUUGGCGAGCAGUCUGUUACUGAUCCCGAGAGGUUGGAAGACCCUGUAAAAUUUGUUCACUGGCUACUGGAUGAAAAGGAUAAGUAUGAUAAGAUCGUAAGUUCUGCAUUUGACAACAAUCAGACGUUCCAGAAUGCUUUGAAUUCAUCCUUUGAGUACUUCAUCAACUUGAAUGCUCGUUCUCCUGAAUUCAUUUCGUUGUUUGUUGAUGAUAAACUACGCAAUGGCUUGGAAGGCGUCGGCGAGGAGGACGUGGAGGUCAUUCUUGACAAGGUGAUGAUGUUGUUCCGCUCCUUGCAAGAAAAGGACGUGUUCGAGAAGUACUAUGAAGAGCAUUUGGCGGAAAGGCUUCUGUCCGGAAAAACUGUUUCUGGUCAAUUCAGUUCGACGCUGGAACGCAUGCUUGCUGAUAUGAAAAUCUCCCAAGAUACGACGCAGGGGCUCUACAGAAGCCAAUGAGCUCACGCCGGCUGCCGUCCCGUGCACGAGACAAUUUGUCAACGAGUGCCUUUGAAGCAUUUGUUAGUUUAUGCAUAGAACGAAAUACCAAUCAUGCACGAGGCACUUCACUAGAAAAGUAUAUAAGUAUGGCCAACCAUAAUGUGUACUUUUUCAGUCUCGGCUUGUUAAUCAAAUCCUUGUAAUGUACGUUGUCUCUAAUGAACUAUGCAGUUCUUCCGCUUCCCUUCCA